CGAGGCGGCGACGGCUUGGGCGGACAGUGCACGGUGCGCAGGCGCAGAGCUAGACCUCGCUGCAGCCCCCGGCGCCACCGGGAGUCGCRCCCACCGAGUCAGCCCUCUGGCCGGUCAGUACGCUCGCCCUCCUCCGCCCUCCCAGGUUUCCACAGUGCCCUACGCACCCAGAUGGCGGAGCUGCGGCCUAGCGGCGCCCCCGGCCCCACCGCGCCCCCGGCCCCUGGCCCUACUGCCCCUCCGGCCUUCGCCUCGCUCUUCCCCCCGGGACUGCACGCCAUCUACGGAGAGUGCCGCCGCCUUUACCCUGACCAGCCGAACCCCCUCCAGGUUACCGCUAUCGUCAAGUACUGGUUGGGUGGCCCAGACCCCUUGGACUAUGUUAGCAUGUACAGGAACAUGGGGAGCCCUUCUGCCAACAUUCCUGAGCAUUGGCACUACAUCAGCUUUGGCCUGAGUGAUCUCUAUGGUGACAACAGAGUCCAUGAAUUUACUGGAACAGAUGGACCUAGUGGUUUUGGCUUUGAGUUAACAUUUCGCCUAAAGAGAGAAACUGGGGAGUCUGCCCCACCAACAUGGCCAGCAGAGCUAAUGCAGGGCCUGGCCCGAUAUGUGUUCCAGUCAGAGAACACCUUCUGCAGUGGGGACCACGUAUCUUGGCAUAGCCCUUUGGAUAACAGUGAGUCGAGAAUUCAGCACAUGCUGCUGACAGAGGACCCACAGAUGCAGCCUGUGCAGACACCCUUUGGGGUAGUUACCUUCCUCCAGAUUGUUGGCGUCUGCACUGAGGAGCUACAUUCAGCCCAGCAGUGGAAUGGGCAGGGCAUCUUGGAACUGCUGCGGACGGUGCCCGUCGCUGGUGGUCCCUGGCUGAUAACUGACAUGCGGAGAGGAGAGACCAUAUUUGAGAUCGAUCCACAUCUGCAAGAGAGAGUUGACAAAGGCAUUGAAACAGAUGGCUCCAACCUGAGCGGUGUGAGUGCCAAGUGUGCCUGGGAUGAUUUGAGCCGGCCCCCUGAGGACGAUGAAGAUAGCCGGAGCAUCUGCAUCGGCACACAGCCCCGACGGCUCUCUGGGAAAGACACAGAGCAGAUCCGAGAGACCCUGAGGAGAGGACUCGAGAUCAACAGCAAACCUGUCCUUCCACCAAUCAACCCCCAGAUCAACCCUCAGCGGCCGAAUGGCCUCACCCAUGACCGGACCCCGAGCCGCAAAGACAGCCUGGAAAGUGACAGCUCCACGACCAUUAUUCCCCACGAGCUCAUCCGCACACGACAACUUGAGAGUGUACAUCUGAAAUUCAACCAGGAGUCAGGAGCUCUCAUUCCUCUCUGCCUAAGGGGCAGGCUCCUGCAUGGACGGCACUUUACAUAUAAAAGUAUCACGGGUGAUAUGGCCAUCACAUUUGUCUCCACUGGAGUAGAAGGUGCCUUUGCCACUGAGGAGCAUCCUUACGCAGCUCAUGGACCCUGGUUACAAAUUUUGUUGACUGAAGAGUUUGUAGAGAAAAUGUUGGAGGACUUAGAAGAUUUGACUUCUCCAGAGGAAUUCAAACUUCCCAAAGAGUACAGCUGGCCUGAAAAGAAGCUCAAAGUCUCCAUCCUCCCGGAUGUGGUGUUCGACAGUCCUCUGCACUAGCCUGGGCUAGGCCCUGCAGGGGCCAAGGGGAGCCCGGCUGCUCUCUAGUGACUUCCGGUAUAACAACUGCAUAAGGGAGAUUCCCACAAAUUAAAAGGACAAGUGUAAGGAUGACUGUGCRACUCCCAUGUAUGGCCACAGGCCCCUGCCUCACCUCCAGCUCAGGGGCCUCGCCCUCCAGCCAGCCAAGUCCACGUAACCAGGCCCUCAUCCCACUGGGCCAGUGAGUGGGCACAUGUAAACCCUCUCCACCCCUGGCACCACAGGUUCUGGUUUGAGAUUUGACUCUGGACCCUUGAUGUGCCCUUGGGUGGAGAUAGACUUUGUCCUCACCUACCCCUGCCACUCAGCCCAGUGUGGAGUACACAUGGGUGGCUGCCCAGUUCAAUUCCAUACGUCUUUGCUCCUUGAGCUGCUCUAGUCAUGGAAUGAUUCCUACAUUUGAUUUUCUUCUUUAUUUUGUAGAAACCGAAUGGUAUUUUAUUGUGUGGCAAAGAUGUCCAGAAGCCGUCUGUAUAAUGUUUUUUAAGCAGAACUUUAUUCCCAGAUGAACUUUCCCAUUCUCUCAGACAGGGGCCUCUGUCUGCCCCUGUACUUCUCCCGGAGAAGGAUUCCAGGUCCUGGAGCAGUCUCUGCUUCCCAGAGGAACUUUUCUUCCCAUCUGGGCCAGAGGAACCUGGAUACUCUCCAUACAGCCUUGAGCCCAGUGUAGCUGGUGCCAGGAAGCAGUACUGCUGCUGUUUUCCAAGUGAACUGGGCUCCAACAAGGUUCAGGAGUCAUUAGGAACUCAAAGAUACUGGUGGCCCCAGUCUCAACUUCCAGGCCUUUCCCACUCAACCAGGCCUGCCAUCAAUUUGUUAUCCUGCCAUCCCAACCAUUGGACACCAUUGCACACCUCACAGACCAUCCCCACCUGCUACUCAGGGCCUAGGUCUUCAGCUCUUUGACCACCCCUGUCCCCUUUCCUCAUCCCCUAGGCUUGCCAGCACCCAGGCUACAGUACUCUGGCUUAUUAAAAAUUGAAAAGUCAACCUUUCA